AAAAAAUAAAUAAAUGAGUUUUUCCAAACCCCAAAAAAAUAUUUUAUUAAUUUUUGGAGGAACUGUUGUAAACGAUGAUUGUAUGUUUGUAGCUGAUGUACUUGUUGAAGGAAAUAAAAUUAUUGCUGUUAAACAAGGGUUGGCUAAGGAAUUUUCUAAACAGAGUAAUAUUGAAGUAAUUGAUGCUAGUGGGCGUUUAGUGAUCCCUGGAGGUAAAUGAUGGGAUUUUUUUUUAUUAAAUAUGAUUUACUUUCUAAAAUAUUUUAGGCAUUGAUCCACAUGUAAGUGUGUCUUUGUAAAUUAAAUAAUUUUUAAAUUAAAAAAUUUUUGGAUGAUAAACACGUAACAUUUGUUUGUCCUCUAUUAAAGUAGCAAUAUUAUUAACUAAUGGUUGAUAUAAGAUGGGGGAGAGGAGAACAAUAUAUCCGCCGUACUCUUUAUAUUCUUCCCUUACAAACGUGG